GACAAGAUCGGAAGCGGCGAUUCAAAGAUACUCUACAACCUGCUCGAGCCUGAAGCUGCUAAGGUAGCCUUUCAGGACUUGUUCUCCGAAGUUCACUGGCAGCGCAUGUAUCAUGCUGCCGGCGAAGUGCCACGAUUAGUAUGCUGCCAAGGCGACAUCAGUGACGCUGACGGCAGUAUGCCCGUCUAUCGACACCCCUCGGACCAAUCGCUUCCCCUUGUACAUUGGAGCCCAGUCGUCACCAAGAUCAAAGAGAAGGCUGAAGAAAGAGUCGGACACAAGCUGAAUCAUGCUUUGAUACAGCUGUACCGAAGCGGACAAGAUCAUAUUUCUGAACACUCGGACAAGACGCUGGACAUUGUGCAUGGCAGCAAGAUCGUCAAUGUCUCGCUCGGUGCUCAGCGCACUAUGCGGCUUCGUACUAAGCGUCCCACAGCCUUGCAGGAUCCUGGAUCGAGUCACGACAAACAGAGAUCCCGCGACACAACGCCCACACCCGAUGCGCAGCUAAACGCCGAAGACGGUCGAUCUCGCGUGACACAGCGAAUUCCCAUGCCGCACAACAGUAUGUUCGUCAUGGGUCUGGAGACGAAUGGGUCUUGGCUGCAUGGUAUCAUGCCUGACAAGCGACCGGCUGCAGAACACAUUCCUGCCGAGUCCGCAUAUGGCAACAUGCGCAUCUCCAUAACUUUCCGGCUCAUCGGCACUUUUCUGUCAGCCGACUCGAAGCUCAUCUGGGGACAAGGCGCUGUUGCGAAGCAAAAAUCGGAGGCCAGACCGACCAUCAAUGGCAAUCUUGAAGAGAGUCAAAGACUCAUCAACGCUUUUGGAGUUGAGAAUCAAGCCACAGCACCCGACUGGAACAGCAUCUAUGGAUCGGGCUUCGAUGUCCUGCACCUCAACUCUGAGCUGCCCGAA